UCCAUCGCACCCAACAGCGCCGCCCGCCCCUCGCUCCCCACGUCUUUGACCUUUGCUAUUCUCUCCCUCCGCGCCACCCGGAAGGUUGCGGAAAAUACACGACCUCGUGAGCCUUGACGCUUUUCCUGCCCCCCACCCCCCCCCACUGGUAGCGCGAGGAUGUAAGUUCUUCCCGGGGCGCUACCAAGAUGGACGUGCGUCAGGACCGACGCUGAGGGCGGAAGAGGGGUUCCGUAGCUUGGGACCGGGCGGCAGGGAAGAGGGCCCGCAUGAUCUAGGAGCGGCCGCCCUCCCGCUGACCCCGCCCAGCCAGAAUCGGAGAUGGCGCGCGCGCCGGUGCGCAGCUCUCAGGCCAAGGUGGUCUCCAACAUCCUGGAGAAACACGGCUACCAGCUCGGGCAGUACCUGGGCAAGGGGGCGUAUGCCAUCGUGUGGGAGGCUUACUUCAAGAAGUGGCGCACCAACGUGGCCGUCAAGGUGCUGAUGAAGGACAAGGCUGAGGCGGAGUUCCUCAGCAAGUUCCUGCCGCGCGAGAUCCAGGUCUGGAAGGGCCUCAAGCACCCGAACCUGAUCAACUUCUACCAGUCGAUCGAGACCACCAAUCGGGUCUACAUCAUGCUGGAGCUGGCGCCCGGCGGGGAGGUGAUGGACAAGAUCCGCAUGAAGGGGGCGUGCGACGAGAGGACGGCGGGCAAGUGGUUCGAGCAGCUGUGCCAGGGCAUGGCCUACAUCCACAGCAAAGGCGUGGUGCACCGGGACCUGAAGCUGGAGAACCUGCUCCUGGAUCAGCACGACAACAUCAAGAUCUCCGACUUCGGCUUCUGCAAGUACGCCGCGACAGACGUGAAGAGUCUCAAGCAGGUCCAGCUCAGCGAGACCUACUGCGGCAGCUACGCCUACGUGCCCCCAGAGGUGCUGCAGGGCAUCCCCUACAACCCCUUCCUGUCGGACGUCUGGAGCAUGGGGGUCAUCCUGUUCACGCUGAGGACGGGCAAGCUGCCCUUCGACGACUCCAACCUGCGCCGGCUCCUCAAGCAGAUGAUCAAGGGCCCCAUCUUCACCCAGAAGCACGCGUCCAUUUCUCUGGAGUGUAAG